AUGUAUUUAACAUUAAAAACACGAUUGCUUGAUACAGAUGAAACGAUUUCAGAAGAUCUAUGUCGUAUAUUAUUACAUAAAUUUAUAGCAGAUUAUUUUCCAUCAAAAAAUCAAAUAUAUGAAAAUAAAAUUCUAUUAUUAAUUAGUCGUUAUGUUAUGAAAAUAAAUUUACUUGAUUACUUUUAUUCAAUAUUAUUUGGAAAAAAUCCAUCGUUUCGUUUUGAAUACCGUUUUAAUGCUUUGGAAAAAUUUGUGUUAAAAGUUUUAACAUCAGUUUAA